UUACUUUAUCUUAUGCUUCUUAUCGAUAGGAGUGGAGAUAAAACCCAGUUGUUCAAGGACCUUACAGACUUCCCUGUCAUCAGGAAGAGAAAGGAAGAGAUCCUAGAUGUGCUUUCUAAAAUCCAGCUGCAUCUGCCGAACAUUCGUAAACAGAUCAAGAAUUCUUCUGCAGAAUAUGUUACAGUUUCUGGUCAAGAGUUUUUGGUAGAAGUCAAGAAUUCCCGUAAAUCGUCUGUGCCAUCUGACUGGGUUAUGGUUAGUAGUACAAAAGCUGUCAGCCGUUUCCACUCUCCUUUUGUUAUAGAAAAUUACAGACAUCUGAAUCAGCUCCGGGAGCAGCUAGUCCUUGACUGCAGUGCUGAAUGGCUAAAUUUUUUAGACCAUUUUAGUGAACAUUAUCACCCUCUGUCUAAAGCGAUUGGUCACCUAGCAACUGUCGACUGUCUGUUUUCAUUGGCCCAAGUGGCUAAACAAGGAGACUACUGCAGACCAACUGUGGAAGGUAGUCGGAGAGAAAUAAUUAUAAAAAAAGGGAGGCACCCUGUGAUUGAUGUAUUACUGGGAGAACAGGAUCAGUAUGUUCCAAAUACCACUAACCUUUCAGGAGAUGGCGAAAGGGUCAUGAUAAUAACUGGACCCAACAUGGGAGGAAAGAGCUCCUAUAUAAGGCAAGUUGCAUUGAUCACAGUCAUGGCACAGAUUGGUUCUUAUGUUCCCGCAGAGGAAGCAACAAUUGGUGUUGUGGAUGGUAUUUUUACCAGAAUGGGUGCAGCAGACAAUAUUUACAAAGGCCGAAGUACUUUUAUGGAAGAACUAACUGAUACUGCUGAGAUAAUAAGAAAAGCAACUUCAAGAUCACUGGUAAUUCUGGAUGAAUUGGGAAGAGGAACUAGCACACAUGAUGGAAUUGCUAUUGCUUAUGCUACACUGGAGCAUUUUAUUAGAGAUGUGGAGUCACUGACACUGUUUGUCACUCACUACCCCUCAGUUUGUGAGCUAGAGAAGGUAUACCCAGAAAAAGUUGGUAAUUACCACAUGGCUUUCUUAGUGAAUGAGGAGGAAAGUGCUGAACAAAAAGGAUCUGAAGAUGAAGAGAAUCCUGAAUUUAUCACUUUUCUUUAUCAAAUAACUAAAGGAGUCUCUGCAAGGAGCUAUGGACUUAAUGUUGCCAAACUGGCAGAUAUUCCUGAAGAAAUCUUGAAGAAGGCAGCUCACAAAUCAAAGGAGUUGGAGGGAAUAGUGAAUACGAAAAGAAAAAAGCUGAAGUCCUUUGCUGAAGUAUGGAAGAUAAGUGAUCCUCAGGAACUACAAAAAUGGAAACGUAUGUGUGAACCUGGAGAUGAAAGAAAGGACAGUUUUUAA